AUGGUGCUUCACACUGAGGACAAGGUUCCUCACUCUGAGAACAAAGCUCCGCACUCUGAGGACAAGGUUCCUCACUCUGAGGACAAGUUUCUUCACACUGAGGACAAGGUUCCUCACACUGAGGACAAGGUUCCUCCCUCUGAGAACAUGGUUUCUCACACUGAGGACAAGGUUCCUCACUCUGUGGACGUGGUUCCUCACUCGGAGGACAAGGUUCCACACUCUGAGAACAAGGUUCCUCACACUGAGGACAAGGUUCCUCACUCUGUGGACGUGGUUCCUCACUCGGAGGACAAGGUUCCACACUCUGAGAACAAGGUUCCUCACACUGAGGACAAGGUUACUCACACUGAGGCAAGGUUCGGCACUCUGAGAACAAGGUUCCUCACUGUGAGGACAAGGUUCCUCGCUAUGAGAUGAAGGUGCUUCACACUGAGGACAAGGUUCUUCACUCUGCGAACAAAGUUCCGCACUCUGAGGACAAGGUUCCUCACUCUGAGGACAAGUUUCUUCACACUGAGGACAAGGUUCCUCACACUGAGGCAAGGUUCGGCACUCUGAGAACAAGGUUCCUCACUCUGAGGACAAGGUUCCUCACUAUGAGAAGAAGGUGCUGCACACUGAGGACAAGGUUGUUCACUCUGCGAACAAAGUUCCGCACUCUGAGGACAAGGUUCCUCACUCUGAGACAAGUUUUUUCACAGUGAGGACAAGGUUCCUCACGCUGAGGACAAGGUUCCUCACUCUGAGAACAUGGUUCCUCACAAUGAGGAAAAGGUUCCUGACUCUGUGGACAUGGUUCUUCACUCGGACGACAAGGUUCCUCACUCUGAGAACAACGUUCCUCACACUGAGGACAAGGUUUCUCACUCGGAGGACGAGGUUCCACACUCUGAGAACAAGGUUUCCCACUCUGAGGACAAGGUUCCUCGCUCUGAGAAGAAGGUGUUUCACACUGAGGACAAUGUUCCUCACUCUGAGAACAAGGUUCCUCACUCAGAGGACCAGGUUUUUUUCACUGAGGACAAGGUUCCUCACACUGAGGACAAGGUUCCUCCCUCUGAGACAAAGGUUCCUCACACUGAGGACAAGGUUCCUCACUCUGAACACAAAGUUCCGCACUCUGAGGAGAAGGCUUCCCUCUCUGAGGAAAAGGUUCCUCACUCUGAGGACAAGGUUCCUCACACUGAGGACCAGGUUCCUCACUCUGAGGACAAGGUUCCUCACUAUGGGGACAAGGUUCCUCGCACUGACGAGAAGGUUCCUCACUUUGAGGACAACGUUCCUCACACUGAGGAGAAGGUUCCUAACUCCGAGGACAAGGUUUCUCACCCUGAAGACAAGGGUCCUCACACUGAGGACAAGGUUCCUCACUCUUGGGACAAGGUUCCUCACACUGAGGACGAGGUUCCUCACUCUGAGGACAAGGUUCAUCACUCUGAGGACAAGGUUACUAACGCUGAGGACAAGGUUCCUCGACAUGAGGACAAGGUGCCUAACUCUUAGAACAAGGCUCCUCACACUGAGAACAAGGUUCCUCACCCAGUGGACAAGGUUCCUCACUGUGAGGACAAGCUUCCUCACUCUGAGGACAAGGUUCCUCGCUCGGAAGGCAAGUCCCUCACCCUGAGGAGAAGGUUGCUCACUCUGAAGGCAGGUUCCUCUCUCUAAGGACAAGGUUCCUCACUCUGAGGACAAGCUUCGUCACUCUGAGCACAAGGUUCUUCACGCUGAGGACAAGGCUCCUCACUCUGAGGACAAGGUUCUUCACACUGAGAACAAGUUUCCUCACACUGAGGACAAGGUUCGUCAGUCUGAGAAAAAGGUUCCUCACACUGAGGACAAGGUUCCUCACUCUGAAGACAAGGUUCCACACUCUGAGGACAAGGUUCUUCACACUGAGGACAAUGUUGCUCACACUGAGGACAAGGUUUCUCACUCUGAGAAGAAGGUUCCUCACUCUGAGGACAAGGUUCCUCACUCUGAGGACAAGGCUCUUGACACUGAGGACAAGGUUCCUCACACUGAGGACAAGGUUUCCGGCUCUGAGGAGAAGUUGCUUCACUCUGAGAACAAGGUUCCUCACUCUGAGGACAAGGUUCAUCACAGUGAGGACAAGUUUCCUAACUCUGAGGACAAGGUUCCUCACCCUGAGGACAAGGUUCCUAACUCUGAGGACAAGGUUCCUCACACUGAGGACAUGGUUGCUCACUCUGAAGGCAGGUCCCUCUCUCUAAGGACAAGGUUCCUCACUCUGAGGACAAGGUUCCUCACUCUGAGCGCAAGGUUCCUCACGCUGAGGACAAGGUACCUCACUCUGAGGACAAGGUUCCUCACCCUGAGGACAAUGCUCUUCACACUGAGCACAAGGUUCCUCACGCUGAGGAAAAGGUUCCUCGCUCUGAGGAGAAGGUGCUUCAAACUGAGUACAAGGUUCUUCACUCUGAAAACAAGGUUCCUCACUCUGAGGACAAGUUCCUCACACUGAAAGCAAGGUUCCUCAGUCUGAGGAUAAGGUUGCUCGCUAUGAGGAGAAGGUUCCUUCCCCUGAAGAAGGUUUCUCACUCUGAGGACAAGGUUCCUCAAUCUGGGAACAAAACUUCUCACACUGAGGACAAGGUUCCUCACUCUGAGGACAAGGUUCAUCACUCUGAGGACAAGGUUCCUCACUCCGAAGGUAGGUCACUCACCCUGAGGACAAGGUUCCUAACUCUGAAGACAAGGAUCCUCACAUGGAGGACAAGGAUCCUCACGCAGCUGACAAGGUUCCUCAAUGUGAAGACAAGCUUCUUCAUUCUGAGGACAAG